AUGUGGUAUGUCUUUUCAGAAGCUGGUGUUACAGAAAAGAAGCUUACAGGGAUCACAGACCAAAUUAUUGAGCGUGUUGCGCCCUAUCUUCGUCAAAAUACCCCGGUGGAUAUCCUUGACCUUUGGCCAGGCAGCGGUCUUUGGUCAUCAAAAGUCAAUGACUUCCUAAAACCCCGCCGUCAUGUUCUUAUUGAACCAGAUAUCGACAUCUGGGGACAUUUUCUCCAGCCCUUAGCCGAAAGCAAGCCUAGCUACAAGCUCCUUCCUAUGGAGAUAUAUCCACAGCCCGGAAUGGACAAGGAGCAGGUCAAUUGGAAUUCUUUAGUGAAAGAAAGCUUUCCAGAGCAACAAAUACCGUCCCAAGGCUCUGCACGUCUACCGCAAAACGAUACGCUUCUCGUCUUGGUAAACCCACCCCAGCCGACUUCGAAAAAGGACCAUAUGACACCGGGGCGCUGGUGGAUUAAGUUCCUGCAAACAUGUCUGCAAAGACAUGACUUACACAGCUACGGGUCUGUCCGAGUCAUUGCACAACUUCCCCACGCUGAGAUUUCGACUAUUCUCCCGCUAGCGAUGGCAGAGCGCAAACGUGUUGGAUUGCUGACCGAGAUGUUGGCCUUGCACUGUGUCGAGCUCGCAAGUCCCGAUCUACCUGAGACCCAUUUAAGUUGGCGAAGUUUUGACGACACCGUCAAAAAUCGAGACCGCGUCGCCGAAAGAGCCGCAGCGCAGGGCGUUGUUACGCCGCCAGAGCGACAACUACCUCCCCUUGCAUGUGUGCCACCCAUUCCUGAGUCAACGGGUACUGGUCGUACCGCAAAAAGAAAGAGUUCACAGCCCUACACGCCGAGGCGACUUCUGGACUCACAUAAGGCUUUCCUGGCGGAUAUCAAAGCUGCCGAUCUGGGAUCCAAGGAGAAGGCAGAGAAAAGAAGGCAGUUGGCCAAAGCACGAACCGCAGCUAUUGGGAAAUUGGAGACGGACAACACACAGUCUUACUACCGGCAAAGAUUCGCUGAUCGCCAGCUUGAGAUUGACGAACUUUCACGAAAGUUUGCUCGUGCAGCGGCAGAUAUCAAUGAAACGCCUGAGAGAUUGAAAGGUUUGGAGGGUGAUGUCGUACAUUUGCAAUCCAUCCAGACUGCCGAGCUCUCCGAAAUACACUUUAUGAAAAAGAGAUUUCAUGACAAAGUGAUCGAUGACGCCCGCAAUGUCGCGCUCUCCAACAAUUUCGACGAUUCUAUCUUAGUUUGGGAGCGACGGCCAUUUGAGCCCCUUUAUAUCCCCUCUCCGGAUGUUUAUCCCCACGACUCCCCGCGUGGCAUGGUCUACUUUGAAGCCCACCCUAAUCCUCCUGUGCUGCAGAAGAUAGACCAGAUGCCCACCUUGGACGUGGCCGAGUUUCUCGCCCGCUUCCAGGCCAUCAGUGCUCCUUUGCACCCCACGGUCAAUAUGUCCGUCAGCGAUCUACUUGGUACUCUUCUUCCCGGGCGGAGCAUCAAUGACUUGGUGCAGCUGAUUCCAAGCCUCACGCACUUUGCCGACCGGCGACUGAAGCCUGGUCAUGGGCCUAUGGCCUUGCCAGAUGGUUCCGCUGACCCGGCCUUCUGCUAUCAGGCCAACUUGAACUAUGACUUGAGUGGGGUCCGGGCGCGAUCCCUGUCCACCGACACGCUGCUUGCGAUUAUUGUUGAGUUUGAGAAGAGCGCCCCUGGAACGAGCCUAUUGCAGUUCAAUCGCAUGUUGGGUGGAACGCUGACCUCAUUCCAAGCUGGACAAGAUAGCAUCAAACUGCACUAA